CCCAAGCGUCCCACAGCUCGUAGCCUGCUCAGCCGUUCCAUGUCAAUGCAUGACACUUACGCUGGACGAGAGACGUUUACAUCUGCUCUGCGCUUCCUCUCCACAAUCUUAUGCUUGCAUCGUGAUCCAUUGAAUUGAGCCAAUAUUCAUCGCUCGGGGCGGCCAUGUCAGCGCCGCGAUGCGCCUUCUGAAGCACUUGCCGGGCAGCGGUUUCGAGCUGAUCACUUUCAACAAUGACGACCCUCCCCCGUACGCUAUCCUAUCGCAUACCUGGACCGAGGGUCAAGAAGUCACGUACAAUGAACUGGUGGCCGGUACAGGCAAAGACAAGACUGGCUAUGUCAAGAUCUGCUUCUGCAGCGAACGAGCUGCGGCGGACGGCCUGGAGUACUUCUGGGUCGAUACCUGCUGCAUCGACAAGUCUACCAGCGACGAACUUGGCACAGCAAUUAACUCCAUGUUCCGCUGGUAUCAGCGUGCAUCCAAGUGCUACGUAUACCUAUCGGAUGUCUCGGUGCCGGAUGAGAUCACCAACGCUGAGGCCUUCCGGAUAGAGUGGCAGGCAGCCUUUCAACAGAGCCGAUGGUUCAUGCGAGGCUGGACGUUGCAAGAGCUUCUGCCGCCGGCUAGCGUCGAGUUCUUCUGCAAGCAGGGCAAGCGGCUGGGUAGCAGAAUGUCUUUGGAGCAGGACAUCCACGAGAUCACUAAGAUUCCUAUUGGGGCUCUAAGAGGACAAAGUCUCAGCAGGUUCAGUGUUGAAGACCGAAUGAGCUGGGCAGCCAGGCGCACGACAACGCUGAAGGAGGACAAGGUGUAUUGUCUGCUAGGAAUAUUUGGUGUGUUCCUGUCGCUUAUAUACGGAGAAGGAGAAACAUAUGCCACUCUACGGCUGAGGGAGGAGAUACAAAAGCGGCAGGAAGGGCGCGGGACUGACAGCUCGCGUGACUUGUCCGUUUUGUCAUCGCUACCGUUCCCAAGAAACGAACUCUUUGUCGGACGAGCAGACGAGCUCCGAUCUCUCGAACAGCACCUUCUCAUCUCCGACACCCACCGGCGGAUGACAAUACAUGGACUAGGAGGCUGCGGGAAGUCGGCGCUUGCCGUCGAGUUUGCAUAUCGCGCACUGGUAACACAUGCUAGACUGGUGUUCUGGGUGCCUGCUAUCAGUCAGGAAAGCUUCGAGCUGGCGUACCGCGAGAUCGGAGUCUGCCUCCGUAUCCCAGGGAUCACUGACGACAAUGCAGACAUCAAGAAGCUUGUUCAGAAGAUGCUCAGCUCAAAGAGCGUAGACGACUGGCUCAUGAUCGUUGAUAAUGCUGAUGAUUAUGAAGUGCUACUGGGUACCACGGAUAGCCACUCGAAGCCAGCUCGACUGCACGACUAUCUUCCCCGCAACGAUAGAGGCGCAAUUAUUUUCACCACUCGGAGCAGGAAAGUGGCUGGAGCUUUGACGCCGAGCAGCGUCUUGAGGCUGAAUGACAUGAGCAAGGCGGAAGCUAGGCAGCUGCUAACGCGGCGAAUAACGCAGCAGGCGUUGCUUGAUGACGAGACGGCUGUUGACGAACUGUUGGAAACCCUCACAUGUCUACCGCUUGCUAUUGUGCAGGCAGCCGCAUUUAUCAACAACAACGAUGUGUCAGUAUCUGGCUACAUAUCGCUGUUCCGACAUGCUGGUGCGGAGACCGAGCUCUUUAACCAGCACUUCGACGACCCCAGCAGAUACGAAGAACUGGACAGCACGAUCGCGAAGACAUGGCAUGUCUCUUUUGAUCAGAUACGCAGACAAGAUCGGCUUGCCGCAGAAUAUCUCUCCUUCAUGACAUGCAUUGAUCGCGUCAACAUCCCUCAGUCGCUGUUGCCUCCUGGAGACUCCUUAGUGCAGCAAACAAAAGCGCUCGGAACACUGACAGGGUACGCGUUCAUCACGGAGCGCCUACAAACGGUACAAGAGUCAGAUGGAGACAGGUUCUUCGACAUGCACCGACUGGUUCACAUGGCGUCUGUCUGGUGGCUAGACAGACAUGAUGAGCGUGCAGCCUGGGUUGACACAGCGGUGGCGCGGCUCCAGGAUCUAGUGCCGUACGGCGGGCAUGAACACAAGGAGGUGUGGACGACGUACCUGCCGCAUGCAAUCCAUGUGGCUGGAACCCACGGUAUCGUAGGCAAAGCAGCCAGCGCUUCGCUUUUAGAUCGCGUAGGGCGGUGCCAAGCAAGCCUCGGGCACUAUUCAGCAGCAGAAAUAACGCACCAACAAGUGUUAUCAAUGAUAGAGAACGCACUUGGGCCUGAGCACCCACACACAUUGACAAGCAUGAACAACGUAGCUCUAGCACUCAACGGUCAGGGAAAGUACGCUGAGGCAGAGACGAUGCAUCGCGAGACGCUCAGGCUGAGCAAGAAGGUGUCGGGAGACGAGCACCCAGACACGCUGAAGAGCAUGAACAACGUAGCGCAAGCACUCAGCAAUCAGGGAAAGUACGCUGAUGCAGAGGAGAUGCAUCGCGAGACGCUCAGGCUGAACAAGAAGGUGUCGGGAGACGAGCACCCAGACACGCUGACAAGCAUGAACAACAUAGCGCUAGCACUCAGCGAUCAGGGAAAGUACGCUGAGGCAGAGACGAUGCAUCGCGAGACGCUCAGGCUGAGAAAUAAAGUAUCUGGAGACGAGCACCCACACACGCUGACGAGCAUGGACAACAUAGCGCUAGCACUCAGCGGUCAAGGAAAGUAUGCGGAGGCAGAGGAGAUGCAUCGCGAGACGCUCAGGCUGAGAAAGAAGGUGUUAGGAGAUGAGCACCCAGACACGCUGACGAGCAUGAAUAACAUAGCACUAGCACUCAACGGUCAAGGAAAGUAUGCUGAGGCAGAGGAGAUGCAUCGCGAGACACUCAGGCUGAGCAAGAAGGUGUCUGGAGACGAGCACCCACACACGCUAGCAAGCAUGAACAACAUAGCGCAUGCACUCAGCGAUCAGGGAAAGUACGCUGAGGCAGAGAAGAUGCAUCGCGAGACGCUGAGACUGAGAAAUAAGGUGUCAGGAGAGGAGCACCCAGACACGCUGACGAGCAUGAACAAUGUGGCGCUAGCACUCAGCGAUCAGGGAAAGUACGCUGAGGCAGAGAAGAUGCAUCGCGAGACGCUCAGGCUGAGCAGGAAGGUGUUAGGAGAUGAGCACCCAGACACGCUGACGAAUCUUACUCUGUUCUGGAAGGCCAGAAAGUAG